AAUGCUGCAGUCCUCCUGUCCAGCAGGUGGCGGUGUUGCACCAGUGAGCCGCUAAUAAAGCAAACAGGAAGCGGAAAAGCUGCAGGCUGUUGUUCAGCCGCAGGAGAAUAAUGGCGGAUGAGGAAGAGGAGGCGGGCUUCGAGGAGGAGCUGGAUGAUGGCUCCGGCGGGAUGGACUCCUCCGGCCACGGCCGCAGGAAGAGGCUGUUCUCCAAGGAGCUCCGCUGCAUGAUGUACGGCUUCGGGGACGACCAGAACCCUUACACGGAGUCCGUGGACAUCCUGGAGGACCUGGUGAUCGAGUUCAUCACGGAAAUGACGCAUAAAGCCAUGUCCAUCGGGCGGCAGGGGCGCGUGCAGGUGGAGGACAUCGUUUUUCUGAUCCGCAAAGAUCCCCGGAAGUUCGCCCGCGUCAAAGACCUGCUCACCAUGAACGAGGAGCUGAAGAGGGCCAGGAAAGCUUUCGAUGAGGCCAAUUAUGGCUCCUGAUGGACGCA